AAACAUAAAUUAGGGUUUUGAGUUCAGAUUGCAGCAGCUAAGUGAUAGAGAGGAUUGGAAGUUGUUGCUGCUGAACUGUCUCCUGUGCCGCCUCCACUUUGCAACCAUGAUCAUAUCCGAGAAAAACCGUAGAGAGAUCUCCAAAUACCUCUUCCAAGAGGGAGUUUGCUAUGCAAAGAAGGAUUUCAAUUUGGCGAAGCACCCAGAGAUUGAUGUUCCAAAUCUGCAAGUGAUUAAGCUGAUGCAGAGCUUCAAAUCUAAGGAAUAUGUGAGGGAGACUUUUGCUUGGAUGCAUUAUUACUGGUUUUUGACUAAUGAUGGAAUUGAGUUCCUCAGGACUUAUCUCAAUCUUCCAUCUGAGAUUGUGCCUGCUACUUUGAAGAAGCAGGCUAAGCCAGCUGGUAGACCAUUCGGUGGUCCUCCUGGUGAUCGCCCUAGAGGUCCACCUCGAUUUGAGGGAGAGAGGAGAUUCGGUGGUGACCGUGAUGGGUACCGUGGUGGUCCAGGUCGUGGUGAGUUUGGUGGAGACAAGGGUGGAGCUCCAGCUGACUACAGACCUUCUUUCGGGGGUCCUGGUGGAAGACCUGGCUUUGGUCGCGGUUCUGGUGGCUUUGGAGCACCAACCAGUUCUAAUGAUGCUUAGAUGCUAUGAUUCCUGCUCCAGUUCUUGCAGUUUUGGCUGUCUUAGAUCCUAUAGUAUUUCCCCCCUCCUCAGUUGUUUAAUCCCUGACAUUUUAUUUUAAUUCAUAGUUAUUCAUGCAAUGAAGAUUUUGAACCGUGUUUUUGCUUA